AUGCUAGGACUUGAAUAACACUAAUAACUUACAUGCCAACCUACUUCUGAAUUAAUUUAUCAUCAAGAAUUCGAUUAACCACAUGAACCAGCUAUUUAUAUGUCUUUAAGUAAAUUUUUUUUUUUAUUUUUAGAUUAUCAUAAAACUCAUUAAUAAAGUUACUCUUAAACAUCUUAAUAUAGUUAGCAUUCAAAACUAUUUGAUUUAAGAAAAAAAUAUCUAAAAAAUAGAGAGGAUACUUAAAGACGCUCAGUAUCUCAUCAUAAUAGAAACACUAAUAAUCGUUCACCUCUAAAGAAUUAAUAAACAAUAAAAUAGUAUUCUCCAAAACAAGAAAAUUAUCUACCUUAACAAAAAAAGAAAACUCUUCCAGUUUCAAAAAAUCUAGGUAGUAAUUUAAGAAAUAUUCUUAAAACUAAUUAUGUCUAAUAACCUAUUUUCGAGGAAAAUCCAUAAAAUGAAAAUAUAAGAAAAGAGUAUUCUUAAAUUAUUGAAAUUCCAUUAGAAUAUUAGUCAAUCAAUAGUUAUACUUUUAUAAAAACACUUGGUAUUGGAGCAACUGCUGAAGUCAAAAUGGCUAGGCAUAAAGAUUUAGAAAUUGAUGUUGCUAUUAAAAUUUAUGAUAAAAAGAAAAUGAAUAAUAUGCAUUUAAAAAAUCUUGAAAGAGAAAUUGAAAUUUUAAAUCAACUCAAACAUCCUAACAUAAUCAAUUUAUAUCAUAUGUUUGAAAAUGAUAAAUCAAUCUAUUUAAUUAUGGAAUAUUCAUCCCCAACUAAUCUAGAGAUAUUUAUGAAAGGAAGACCAUUUAAAAGAAUAAACGAAGAUGAAGCCAAAAUUUUAUUUCGUUAAAUUUCAGAUUCUGUUUAUUACAUGCACGAAUAAGACAUAUCUCAUAGAGAUCUUAAAUUUGAAAAUCUCUUAAUAGAUUAUAAUACUAGAAAGAUUAAACUUAUUGAUUUUGGUUAUUCCAUUAAAACUAAUGGAAAAUAGACCUGCUCUUGUGGUACUCCUUAAUAUAUGGCCCCAGAAUUAGUUAAAAAAGGUACUUAUGAUCAAUCUGUCGAUGUAUGGGCUUGUGGAGUCAUCCUUUUCAAAAUGAUAACAGGGGUAUUCCCUUUUAGAGGAAAUUCUGAAAAGGAUUUAUUUAAGAAAAUCUGUUUAGGCAAAAUUGAAUAUCCAUCAUUUGUUUCCUUUUCAGCUAAAUAAUUAAUUUCUGCCAUGCUUAGAGUAGAUCCAAAAGAAAGAUUAUCAAUGCAAGAAGUUUAAUAAAGUUAAUGGUUAUAGUGA